AGUAUUAGGAGCGACAUCCAACGAAUUAUAUUUCUGUGGCGACAUCUCAUUCAUCCUUCCGGAUUGAUUAAUUUGUAAACAAACUCAAAUUCGUUAAAAUGUUUAGUCAAAAAGAUACCUCCAAGAAGUCCGAACUUUUGGACAAGGCGAAAUCCUCUCGUACUGAGCGUGCUCUCCUUCGGAAAAAAGACCAAUCUGUGGUCAAGAUACAGUCUCUCGUGCGAGGUUUUGUAUGCCGGAGGAGAUACAAGAGAGCCAUGUUACAGGAUAUUGACAAGAUUCUGGAUGCAAACCCUGGUAGCCCAGACAAUCCUGAUGCAAUCACACACUUUUUUCCAGCUGCUGAAGUUUAUACUGCUAUCAAGAGGUUCCUUUAUAUAUUUGAUGAGAAGAAAGAUUUAAAGAGGUUUGAAAAAAUCUGCAGAUACCUGACUGCUAGUAUGGAAUCAAGUAAAGAUGCAAAGGUGUGGUAUGUUUCACUGGCUCUUACCAAAGAAUAUGUGUUACCGUGGAUACAGCAACUCAAACAGAUACUAUGGCUUUGUGCAUCACAACUCAAGAAACUUAAGCCUGACUUGCCAAUUGCUGCCAAGAGCAUAGCCCUUCACCUUCACAUGCUCAUCACAUUCACAGAUACUGCUACAUGGAAGAUAUUUCAGAUACCAAAAGCUGACGCCUUACGAGCGAGCAUGGGACAGAUAUGUUCCAAUGUCAUGGGUCAUCUUGUUGCCAAGGGGCUGUAUCCUGUCAUCCAUACCUUGCUCAAGGAGGGCUUGACAAAGCGACAGCCCGCUCUGUCUCCGACGAUCCUUAAUGCGACCAUGGUCGUAGCAUGGAGACCUCUUGUAGCUGGGAAUUUCUCAUCCAAUCUACUCUGUAUCUUUAUCUCUCAUGUUCUCCCUGUGCCUGGCUUGUUCAGCCAUCUAUCUGUAGCUAAAGCAGAAAUGCUGACAGCGAUGAAGAACAGCGCCCUCUUGCCUCUUUGCCUGAAGUACCUUAGCACAGAAGGAGGAUGCAGGUCUAUCCUGUCCAUGGUGGAUGCUACUUAUUCUCUCUGUCUCCUUGCAAACAUGGUUCACCUAGCUCAUCUUGAUAAUGAAAGCCUGAUUAAUAAUCUACAGAUAUUCAUGAAUGUGACAACCACGUUAUUGAACCACUGCCAGGCAUUUGUUGGAAAGAAGAAGUCAAAUACCACAUCGUGGCAUCCUGUGUUAGGAUGGUUCUCACAGCCGUUCGAUAAUAGGUUACAGGAAGCCAUGGGCUUCGUGACCCAGCAAUUGCAGCAUCUUUGGGGUCAGACCAUACUUCAGACCUGUGUUCUGGGUGUGCUCAAAGGACCACAACCAGAUGAGGCCUCCAGUCAUUCAGACGGCAAGAAUCAAAAUAAAGGUGGCAAUAUUCUGAAGAAAUUGCAGCGCAUGACAUCAAAGCUGGGAAAUCAAAAGUCAUGCAAGAGCCUGAGCUCACAGGAAGUGAUCAUUGUUUGUUCUUUGUGUUCCAUGUAUCAGACUUCUCUUAGUACCCUGACAGAACUCAGGAGAGAUAUACUAACUGGCCUAAGUUAUCGGGACCUGCUCCUGCCCAGGCUGUGGAGAUUCAUAGCAGAACUAGGUCCUCAUGGUGGUCUCAGAGUGUUCCAGGACUGUUUGGCUAGUAGUCCAUCGGAACAGCAGUCUAUUCUCUCUGUGCUAAUGCUCUUCUGUGACAGUGCCAGCUACCUCAUUGCAAUCUUAGAUGAUGGAGAGUUUUAUGAUCAACAGAUUCCAUUUCAUCCUGAAGAUCUUCUAGCAGUGUCUUCAUUUCUCAACCUAUUCGUUUUCAAAGUCAUUUGGGAGCACAAUUUGGACGAGAAUCCCAAGCUGCAGAGUCUGUUCAACUCAACUCACACCCUACUAAUGUUGCUCUAUGAUAAGAAUUGUAGAAGACAAUUUGCUCCUUCCUCACAUUGGCUUGUCAAGGACUUGAAGAUGAGCUCGUUCAAGUCCGAACUGGAGAAAAGCUCAAAGAGAGCAGAUCUCAUCCUUCAAAAAAUACCUCAUGUCAUACCACACAGAGAGAGAGUGAUAUUAUUCAGAAAACGGGUGAGUGAUGAGAAGAAGACUCUAGGUUAUACAGAAUCCCCAAUGUCACAGCCGCACUCGACAUACAUCACAGUACAUAGAAAUAGGCUUGUUGAGGAUGGGUAUCAGCAGCUUGCAUCAGUGCCGUCUCAGUCACUCAAAGGCUGUAUCAGAGUCAACUUCAUCAAUGAACAGGGUCUUGAUGAAGCUGGCAUUGAUCAGGAUGGUGUCUUCAAAGAGUUUUUGGAAGAAACUAUCAAGACCGUCUUCAACCCUUCCUUAAACCUGUUCAAGACUACAGCUGAGCAGAGAUUAUACCCCAGCCCUACAUCGUACAUCAAUGAAAAUCAUCUUCCUCUCUUUGAGUUUGUGGGCAAGAUGCUCGGCAAAGCUGUCUAUGAGGGUAUUGUGGUGGAGGUGCCGUUUGCUCACUUCUUUCUGAGUCAGAUCUUGGAUCACAAUCACAGCACCCUCUACAGUCCAAUCGAUGAACUGCCCUCGCUUGACAAGGAACUCUACAAGAAUCUCACGUUUGUCAAGCAUUAUGAUGGUGAUGUGGCCGAUUUAGAUCUGGGGUUUUCAUUAGAUGAAGACUUCAUGGGGAAGCUUGUCACUCAUGAACUGAUACCAGGUGGGAAGGCGAUUACAGUCAACAACCAAAACAAGAUCAAGUACAUUCAUCUGAUGGCUCACUUCCGCAUGUGCCAUCAGAUCCGGGAUCAGACCCGUGCCUUCAAGCGAGGAUUCCUCUCCCUCAUCAACUCCCAAUGGUUAGCUUGGUUCUCUGGUCCGGAAGUCCAGAGACUCAUCUCGGGAGAUGUAAAUGCCCUGGACUUGAGUGAUCUCAGGAAACACACGCAGUACUACGGAGGUUUUCAUAAUUCCCAUAGAGUGAUCAACUGGCUGUUUGAUAUCCUCAGCAAUGACUUCAACAUCCAGGAGAGGGGGCUCUUUCUCAAGUUUGUGACAAGUUGUUCUAAAGCUCCUCUGCUUGGGUUUGCUCAUUUGGAACCACCAUUCUCGAUAAGAUGUGUGGAAGUCAGUGAUGAUCAGGACACUGGGGAUACAGUUGGAAGCGUACUGCGUGGCUUUUUACGCAUCCAGCGGCGCGACCCUGUCAGCCGACUGCCGACCUCAUCGACGUGCUUCAAUCUCCUCAAGCUACCAAACUAUCAAAAGAAGAGCACCCUGAAAGAGAAGCUGCGUUAUGCAAUCACCAGUAAUACAGGAUUUGAGUUAUCAUAGCAUUGCUACAAGUACACUACGUUUAGAUUGCUUGUAUGUUAUAGAAGGUAAAUUGUUGAUUGCUCCAAACAUCCUGUUUGGUUUGGUCUCAUCCCACAUGGUCUAAUCCUGGUCCGUCUCCAACAAUUUGAUCUACUAAUCAUCUGGCCUUAUUUCCAUUUACAUUGUAAAUUGAUUAAAUCAUGUAUGCUGAUUGGUUUGAAUAGCAUCAUGUGACCAAACAUAUUCUCACUAUGUUGUGAUGUUGGAAAUGAAACUCCCACUGAAGAAAAAUUGCUAUUCCGUGAUGUCAAUGAUGGAAUAGUGCACUAUUCCAUAAUUGACGUGCACUAAUACGCGUUCUGUGCGCUGAGGGCGUGGCUUCGGGAAAAAUAGGUCAGUCAGCGCAGCAGGGUUAUCUUGAUUCAGAUUAAAAAAGGAUGAACUACAAGUUCAAGAACGAGAUUGUCGAGAUCUAUUGCUCUAACUUAUUGAAGUAGGAUAUAAAACAAAUAUACCAGGCCUUUAUUUCGAAAGUAUAGAUGGAAUUAUUCAUCCUUGUUUGUACUGGCAAAAUUAGUAUUUCAAUGUGUAAGUAAUGGAUUGUUGUAACAUUAGGCAUUGCUGCCACAUUACCGGUUGUAACAGGGCCUCUGUUAGUGCAUUGUUAGCGCUAACAACAUUUCUGUGCGGUUAGGACAGGUCCAUAGUUCUACUCUGAGUGAGUGGCAGGUCAAUCACAUACAUACAAUUCAUUGACAUUAUGAUAAUCAUAUUUCACAGGUAUAACACCCCUCUCCCCACCCACCCUACUUACUGGUGUUGCAAAAUGUAAUACUAUUCUAUGAUGAAAGAUUGUAAGUAGCAUCAUUUCCAGUUGUCUUAUUUUUUGUAGAGUGUAAAUUAGACCAUCCUGGCACUAGACCAAAUGACAAUUAGAUUAAAUGGGAAUGAGAUCACUUUUAGUCUAGACCAAAGAGAAAAGUUGGAGUAGAUCAAAUGGGUUUAGCCCAUAUAUUAUUAGACUAUCUGAGAAACAGACCAACUCCUUAUAGACUAAGAGAAUGUAGACCGUACAAAUUUAAAUACUUCUCAAGCAACGUUAAAGCUUAUCCAAACAUGGCAGAUUUAGGCGGUGAGUUGUGAAAAGUUGCCCCCGAAAAUGAAACAUUUAUUUUUGCCUGUCGGAAACACGACCUGCCUAUAAAAUUAUGUAAAAGAUAUUCCUCUACAAUUUAUUAUAGAUAUUUUGUUAAAGAAAGGAUCACAUUUGUAGCAAUUUAGAUUAAUCACUGCUGGAGUGUGGUGGAAAUGCUAUGUAACCUUGAAUUUACCACUAUAGAUGAGGGUAAUUCAUCAAAUUAUAAGGAUCCACACCACGAUUUUGUGAAAAUAAUAAUGUACAUCAUUUUGUUUGGGCAAAUGUGAUAGUUUGCUUAGUCACUAAAAUGAAGAGGUGAUUAUGUGCUCUAUAUACCACAUCUGAAGCACUGUAAAGGAAGAAAACCAAUAUUUUGUAGUUCUUGCCAAGAAAGCAUGUGCAUGGAUAUCUAGGUCUUGCUUGAAAAAAUCAUUGUGAGUCACAAAUGAAUUUGGAUGUCAAAGCUUGUGAUGGAAAAAAAAUGAACCAGAAAGUUGAGCAGCAUUACACUUUUAUUUUACCUGUACUAGAAUCAUUCAUAAUGCGUUAUGACUCAUAGGCCGAAGUUAUCUGCGAAACCCCGGGGGGGGGGGGGGCCACUUACAUUGACGAAUGAAUACCAUGCGAGACAAAAGAACACGUAAAAAUGAUGUCUUUUUCAAGAUAGGGCACGUUACGUACGUAACGUAAUAAGGGUGUCAAAAACACUAAAAUAAUGAAAAAAGGGGUAUCUGUUUUCGCUAGGAACUACGUGUUUAGGGUCUAAUAUGCGAGGGUGUAAAAAAUUGAGACUAAAAUGUUUUAUAAAGGAUGUACUUUUUUCCCCCAAGAGUCAACACUACGUGUUUAGAGUACGAUUUGCGCGAGAUGUGGGAAGUGGGGCUGUACUAAACCCAAUAUGAUAUAGGUACAGACGACCGACGUCAGUGAUAUGACGCUGUACUUGUUUUGGGGGUCAAUACAGGGAAUAGUUGCCAAGAGUAUCGUUUUGUUUCCAAUACUUGUUAAGGGUAGGGUUUCACAUGCAAAUUCUUGUUAAGGGGUGCAUUUUCAGAAUAUUGAAAAUGCGUGUUAGGGUGCUCUUCGAGACCCCAUGGUCGCGCAUGGUAUCCACUCGUCAAUGGAAGUGGCCCCCCGGGUGCGAAACGCAAAUGUUCUAUCACCACGAGUGAUGAUUAAUGGGGAAACCACAUUUACAUUUGAUCAUGUGAUUGACGUUUGACCAAUCCCGUAAAAUUAUUUGUACUAUCAGGAAUGCUCACUGAUGUAUUAUUUUGCAUACUAACGAAAGGGUUUGAUGUUUAGAUACUCUCUUUUGUAUCUCUACAGCUAUUGCGAGUAACGGAAGAUAGAAUGAUAUUGAGAUGCUGAAAUGAGUGGCAAAAAGUGCAAUAAACAGUUCAUUUGUUAGAAGUAUUAGUAGCUUAUGUGUGAUGAAAUAUUGAUAUUCUGAUUAUAGUUUUUAACACAGAUUAUUUGAUUUAUUAUUCAUUAUUAGUGAUGUUUCUAAAUCAUUAAAAGUAAGAUGUCCUUGAAUUAUAAUAGUAAGAUUAUUACCAUAUAUAUUAUAGUUCAUAUGGCUCUAACCAUGGAGCGUAGUUGCAUAUUCCAUUUAAUUUGUUAUUCAAUCUACCAAUUAGUGCCACAGAUUUCAUAUUCUAUCAAUGUAAGCUUUUAGAUACUUGGUAUAGAUUUGUAAAUGAGGUUGUGAAGAUUUCUUUGAAUUAUUUAUUUUAAAAAAAUGUGUUGCUAAUGAUAGCACAAAGAUGAUGAGAAUAGGAAUCUGGGUUUGCAUUAUUUGAAAUAACACUGAAAUGAAUUAGUCUAAUUUAGUCAUACUCCUCUUAAUGAAUAGAUUUGUUAGUAUAAGAGAUGUUUAAAAGUAUUUCAGAUAAUAAAUAUACAGUAUAUUCCUGCAUCUAUUUGUAAAUUGAGAGAUAAUUAAGUGUGCCCUUCUGUAGUAUUUGUGAAUACAUGUAUCUCAAUAAACAUGACUUAAAUAUAGUUAUAUUCAUGUGGAAAAAAUGUGCGCUCUGAGAUCAUUUGUUGCUGUCUGUGUAUGAAAGAAAUUAUGCACAAAAGCGAUGUUGAUUCUCAUUUUGUUUAUUUGAAGGAUGAUAUUACCUAUACUAGCUGUUUUUUCCUGGGCAAUCAUUUCCAGAUAUUUCCAUAAUUUGCCUUCUCUUCUUUUGCAGCAGUCGGUCAAUAUCAUACCAUGUUUGCUCUCUUCUGGGUUUUCUCAUUGUCUGUAUGUGUGAAUUGUACAGCGGGCAAUACUUGUGAAAACCGUUGGAACCAGUUUGGGAAACGAGUUAGCAUAGAUAAUGCGCGGCACGGCUGUAUACAGUGCAUCAGUCUAAUUGCGCGGCAGUUACAUCACAGUUACUGAGUUACUACAUCAAGUUCAUGAAUAUCCUGAAAUCAGAAGUAGUGGCAAGCAAACAGGCGUAGAAGUUGUUCCAAAUAAUCGCCUGAAUUACACAUACGACUGCAGGUAAUAAUAGUAAUAUUGACUGGCUCCUUCUUGGGAACAUCAAAUGUAUUGCCCUUAAAGGAACCAUAUUAUCGCCCUCGUCGAAAGACUCUGGCCAAUAUGAUUCUGUUGCGGGCAAUAUAUUUGACGUUGCCCUCAAUGCCAGUCAGUAUUAUAUGAAUAUUCACAUCAAUUAAAUUUGUCUGCACUCAGUGAAAUUUGAUAUGUAUCUUUUAUAAUUUGUAUUGUUUUCAUAUUUUGUAUAUAUAUUGCACAUCCAUAUAUACUUAAACAAUUGAAAUACAUGUAUAAAGAUAUAUCAGAAGUUGUAUUAUUUUGUUACUGUGCUAUUUAUUUAAGUAUGAUACCCUUUUCCAUUCCUAGAAUGUUGCCAUUUGAAGUAUUCUGAUAAACAUUUUCAAACAUACUAUCCCCAAAAUAGUUAGCCCUUAUUGUGUGUAAUUUGGAAUAAAAUUAUUGGAAUUGCAUUUUCAGCACAUUUUACUACUUAUAGAUGUUUACAUUUGCUAGAAAACAGAAAAAAAUAGGAGCAAAUUGAGAAGUGUUUUUUAAGGGCAUUGUCCAAAUUAAGGAAAUUAUGUCAAUGAUGUUAGGGUCAAAGUUCACAAAAUGAUGGAAAAAACUUCAUCAAUUUAAAUCAAACCAAUGCACAUAUUUUUCAUCUUCAUAUUCAAGGUCAAAGGUUAAACAUGAAAUUUUAUAUUUCAUAUAAUGAAUUUAUAGAUAUGAGAAAAAUUAAGUCUGUUCAUUUAAUAUAUUGUCAUGUAGUCAUUGCAAAUAUUGAUUUUUUUCAUAUAUUGAGGGAUGGUUGCUGCUUCAGGGUUAAAAGUUUCAAGUUCAUUGGCCUUUGAUAGUGAAUGAAUUAGAAAAGACCAAAUAUGUAGCCAAUUUAAAAACAAUGUGGCCUAUUAAAAUGAAUAAUAAUAUUAAUGGGUUCUAAACCCCAGAACUCUAGUUCAAAUAUUGAUAAAAAUUAUCCAUUGAUCCAUACCUCUUUUUGUAAAAUAAAAUGAAAAAAAGAAGACCGUAUUAACAUCAUAUCAUAUGAAUUUCAUUGGGAUGUUCUUUCGCAGAUGAAAGAUGAUUUAUAGGCCUUUAUUAUGUCAUAUUUCACUUCAAAUUAAAUCUAAAAUUUGUAGAAGGAAAUCAGUUGAAUUGUUUAAAUUUACUUGUAAUUUUUCAAAGUUUUGCUUAUUUGUACAAAUGGGUAUAACAUGCACAUCGCAGGUGAUAUUCAAAUGAGAGAGCAUACUGAUGUCAAAUACUCAUUACAUUUUCUAUUAUAUGAAUAUAUGCACGGCAUGUCUAAUUGUAUGAUCCUCUAAUAAUGAAGAACUUGCUCUGGCACUUAUGAAGAUUUAGAAACCUCAUAAUUUAUAUUAUUGUGAUUUAGCGGAGUCCCUCUGUAUCAAUUAAAUAUAUACAUGGAAAUUCAAUAUUUAUAAUAUUAAUUUUAUAUCAAUAAAACAGCAGAAACUAAGUCAAAGGUUA